AUUACAUCUACAUGGCAGCUACAUCUCCUAUGCUCUUACGGUCGCAGUAAUAUUUAAUAUUUUCUUUUGCAUUUCUGUAUGUUAUUGCAGGAAAUAUCUUAGAACAUAAAACGUUUUUAUUUAUCUAUUUAAGUCCUUAAAAGUGUUGAAUUCGGUUUCAUCUUUGAGGUCCCUGAGGAGGGAAUUUAAAGCGUCCUAAUUCUAGGCUACCCAGAGAUUCGUCCUUGAAUAAAGAUAAAAAGGAAAACAAUGGCUGGAAAAAGUGCAGGAACUAUCCCCGCCUACCAUGGGCCCCCACCGGCAGCACCACCCAGUUACUCACAGGCAGUCGGGGGUGUACCUCCGUCCAGCCCUUUCACCCCGUCCCAGCCUGUGAAGCACCGUGGAUUCAUGGAGACGCAAGCGCAAGGCCCUGUAAUCAUGACGACGGUAGUGCCAGUCGGUAGUCAGCCGACUCACAUGAUCUGUCCACAUUGCUACUCAGAGAUCACCACUAAAACUAAGACUGAGCCUGGCUUGAUUGCUUACAUUUCAGGAACACUCAUCGCUCUUUUUGGAUUUAUCUGUGGAUGUUGUUUGAUUCCCUGCUGCAUUGAUUCGUGCAUGAACGUCAUCCACUCUUGCCCUAACUGUAACACCUACCUCGGACGAUACCAACGUUAACUCUACCGUUACAGCCUACCAUCAGCUCUUCACAUAAAAGUCAAAUUGCAUUCUGUUAGUUAACUCUACUCUGGCAGCUCAUCAGAAUAUUUGUCACUAACAUAGUUUUUACACUCUUGUCAAUCGAUAAUUUACCAAGGCAGCUCUUAUAUGUAAUGUUAGGCACAGCAACUGUUAAUACCUUUUACUACCAAUCGUUUGUUUUGUUGGACUCUAAUAUAGCUUAUUUUUAAUGUAAGUAAAUUUGGCAGCUCUUCGGAACAAAAAAAAUAACGUAAUUUCUACUGAGGCAGCUUAGUAUUUAAAGUUUUUAAGUAACAAUUUUACAUUUUACGCAGAUAUAUAUGUUGUCAAUUAAGCAGCUGCUUAGAAUAUCUAAGAAGACUAAUGAUUUUUUCUUAGUAAGUCAAGUCAGUAGCUAUAAACCGUCUGCAGUCUUAAUGUAUUGGGUUUCUCAUUUACUAAUGACUAACCUAACCUGCCACAGGUAAUUCCAUAUUUUAUAAUGAUUUAUUGUUAUCUAAUAAUGUAAACAGUGUCUUAAUGCUUACAUUCGCACAAUAUUAUAUCAGUGAUGUGUAUUUUUAUGAUAGGAAUUACAUUAUCUGUUGUAUAAAAUAUAGGUGGAUUUUCAAGUAGGCCUACUGUAGUUAAAAAUAACAAAUCACAAUCUAACUUAUAAAAAUAUAAACCUACUUUUGAUUAAGUUUAUACAAUUCUGUGGUUUGGUUCAAUCUGAAGACAUUUGAUCAAUCUAAAGUCUAAAAACAUAUUUUCCUAAUGAAAAAGGAUUUGAUAUUGACAGUCUAUUACUAAAUACUGCAAUUCUAUGCGGCAAUUUUAAUAAUAAGAGUUUCCGCUAUAAUUUUAAUUUUAAAAUUGGAAAAUUUGUUAAGAGUAUGAGAAUAGAUUGGGUCAAUUUGAGUGGCGAGCGGAAUGCGCUUCAGUUUCGUUCACAAGAAUCUUUUCCCCACCGUCGCUUUGUUAUUUUGUACAGCCAUCUAAAAAAUUAAUUGUGGUUGGAUUAAUUUAACACCAUUGUCUAAUGACGUGAAUAUCUGUUUUUAGGAGCCUUUUCCUCAUCUCAGACACCCCUUUAAUUGAUACGAUCUAUUUUUAAACAUUUCCUUCCUUAAGUAACUUUGAGAUAUCAAGCACUAAAUGUCCUUAGGGGUAAAAAGUUAGUAUUGUCUUUGAUACUGUAAACGUGUUCUUUCAUUAUGGGUAAUAUUGCCUGAUUUAAUAACGUAGUGCCUUUGCUGUGUUACCUUAAAUGUUUACAAGUGCCAUUGUAUAUUUUUGAUGUAAAAGUUAUAUUUUAAAUGCAGAUUUCUAUAUUGUUCAGUUUUAAUAUUUAAGGUUAAUAUUUUUUUAUCAUAUUAAAUAUUUGUAUCUAAGCUACACAAACUUUGCUAUUGCAAAUUGUUACAUUAUAAGAAUCUCUUUUUAUCACUCUACUAUUUGUGUACAACUCGCAUGUUAGAAUGUUUUAUUAUUUUAUUGUAAGUGUUAUCGAUGUGUUAUGGACAUAAUUAAUUAAUUAAUUAAUACCUCCUACAAACAAACUUGUUCAAAUGCGGAAUUUUAAUCUGUUUUAACUAAUUUUACUAAGUUUUGUACUUAAGUUAGUUGUGUAACUACCCAAAACUGUAUGGUAAUAUUUUAAUAAGUUGUUAAUUAGCACAUUCUUGUUUGUCUUUUGUAACAUGGCUAUACGGUAUAGAUUUGACCUGCCAUUGUAUGAAGGUAUGUUAUCAAAAUAUAGAUCUGGAUUUUUUUACAAUACGGUUUUUCAUGUCGAUUAACUAAAACUUGCCAUUUAUUGUUGUGAUUUGUAUUCACCCUCGCAUUCUUGUACCUUUAAUCAGGGCCAUAGGGAAUUAAUAGUGAGGACGACAUCAUUCAUUUUGUUUUUUUUAACUUGCACAAAAUGUACAACCAUUAAGAGCCUUAUGGAAGUAUCAACAUUAAAUUUUUUUACUAUAAUAAAUGUAAACAAAUUUACAAGAAAUUUGUAACAUCAUUCACUUUUUGAUGCAAAUUUACUCAGCCCUCACUAUUUAUUUCCCAGCCCGUCUGUAUUGUCUGUUAAAGCUGUUGUGUGUAAAUGUGUUAAUAAUGUUUAUUUUAUUAUUAUUUUUAAACUAAUGACUUUAAAGCAAAAACACUUGCUUAUUCCACUAAAUAAAUUAUUGUAUGUGUUUUACUAACAAUAAAAAUUUAUUUUUAAUUA